AUGGCUCCUCCACCUCCCUCAAACUUGCCACUUCCUGAGAGGCUAAAGGCUCUUGUUCAAACGUUACAAUUUGCUUGGUUUGUUGGGCACGUGACGCUUCUCAUCUCGGUUUUCCGUUAUCUGUUGUCCUAUGUCACCUUCAACUACUACUCCUCUGCUGCACAGGUGACUUAUCGCCUGGCGUUUAUUGCGGCUGCUGGAACAUAUGGAAUUGUUGUGUACAAGGCACACAUCGCCCGAGGCCGCCUCCAGGGCAGCGUUCCCAGUAUUGCGUUGAAGCUCGCUGGAGACGAAAAUGUCCAGUACCUUGGAAUGGCUUUGGUGUGGCUCUACUCUCGCCAGAUCCCUCUGGCUCUGCUUCCCUUCAGCGUCUACUCCGUUUUCCACGUUGCCACCUAUACCCGAGCCCACUUGAUUCCUACUUUGCAGCCUCCUAGCCAGGGUGCGACUGGUGUAGCCUCUCCAUCCUCCCCUGGCUCUCCCAAGCCUGCUGCGAAGCAGUCUCCUUUGGCGGAUACCAUUGGGAGAUUUGUCAAGCAAUAUUACGAUACCAGCAUGGAUCUUGUUGCCGGGCUCGAGAUGGCACUCCUCUUCCGAUUGGUGGUAUCCCUACUCACCUUCUCCAAGGGCAGCAUCGUUCUCUUUAUCCUCUAUCUGGCUUUCUUCCGCGCCAGAUAUUCCCAGAGCUCUUUUGUCCAGCAAGCUGUCCGUCAUUUCACCGCCAGAGUCGAUGCCUCAGUCUCUCACCAGAGCACUCCUCCCGCAGUUCGCCAGGGUUGGGAACAGUUCAAGAACGUUGUGCGCCAGGGAUACGAGACCACGGAUCUGAGCCGCUACACCUCCGGCGCUGCUGCCAAGAAGCCCCAGUAG